UCACUUAUCACUAAAAGAUAGAUUCAUAGUUUCAAACGAAACCAAAAUUAACGUAGGAAGGAUUGAUUCACUUUCGCAGAUUGCAGCAAUGGCAGAGCUGAAGAACCAAAAAUACGCCCAAUUCAAAGGGCAGCCGCGUCUCCCCAAAUUCGCCAUCCCUAAGCGCUACGAUCUCAAAUUAAAGCCUGAUCUCGCUGCUUGUAAAUUCUCCGGCGCCGUUCAAAUUUCGGUCAACAUCGUUUCCGCCACCAAGUUCCUCGUCCUCAAUGCCGCCGAACUCUCCGUCAAACCUAAUUCCGUCACUUUCACAUCUGAUAAUAAGGUGGUGGAAGCUCUCGAAGUGGAGUUAUUCGAAGAGGAUGAGAUAGUGGUGCUGGAGUUUAAGGAGAAUUUGCCAAUUGGUCUUGGGGCUUUGGACAUGGAAUUUGACGGGACCCUAAACGAUAGAAUGAAAGGGUUUUACAGAAGCACCUAUGAGCACAACGGUGAGAAGAAAAAUAUGGCUGUUACACAAUUUGAGCCAGCUGAUGCUAGGCGGUGCUUUCCUUGUUGGGAUGAACCUGCUUGCAAGGCUACUUUCAAGAUUACAUUGGAAGUACCGUCGGAUCUGGUAGCUCUUUCGAACAUGCCAGUCACCGAGGAAAAACUAAAUGGCAAUCUUAAGACAGUGUACUAUCAAGAAUCACCAAUCAUGUCCACUUAUUUAGUGGCAGUUGUCGUUGGCCUCUUUGACUAUGUUGAAGAUCGUACACCUGAUGGAAUCCUUGUGAGGGUAUACUGUCAGGUUGGCAAGGCUAGCCAAGGGAAGUUUGCCUUGGAUGUUGCUGUCAAAACACUUGGCCUUUAUAAAGAGUACUUUGCUGUGCCAUAUUCACUUCCGAAAUUGGACAUGAUUGCAAUUCCUGAUUUUGCUGCUGGAGCAAUGGAGAAUUAUGGUCUUGUUACAUACCGGGAAACAGCACUGCUUUACGAUGAGAAGCACUCUGCAGCUGCAAACAAACAGAGGGUUGCCACUGUUGUUGCUCAUGAACUAGCACACCAGUGGUUUGGCAAUCUUGUGACAAUGGAAUGGUGGACACACUUAUGGCUGAAUGAGGGAUUCGCUACAUGGGUUAGCUAUUUAGCGGCUGAUAGCUUGUUCCCAGAUUGGCAAAUUUGGACUCAGUUCCUUGAUGAAUGUACUGAGGGACUCCGACUCGAUGGUCUAGCAGAAUCCCACCCCAUCGAGGUGGAUAUUAAUCAUGCUGGUGAAAUUGAUGAAAUUUUUGACGCAAUCAGUUAUAGGAAAGGCGCAUCUGUCAUUAGGAUGCUACAGAGCUAUCUUGGCGCUGAAGUUUUUCAGAGGGCACUUGCUUCCUAUAUCAAAAAAUACGCUUGCUCAAAUGCAAAGACAGAAGAUUUGUGGUCAGUUCUUCAGGAAGAAUCUGGUGAACCUGUGAACAAGCUGAUGGACUCUUGGACAAAACAACAAGGUUAUCCCGUUGUCUCGGUCAAAGUCAAAGGCCAAAGUUUGGAGUUUGAACAGUCACGAUUUUUGCUGAGUGGUUCUCUUGGUGAAGGGCAAUGGAUUGUACCAGUAACUCUGUGUUGUAACACUUACGAUGCUCGUAAAAAUUUCUUGCUGCAAACAAAAAGUGAAACUCUUGAUAUUAAGGAAUUAUUCGGUGCCUCAAAUUCAUCAGACCGCCCUUGGAUUAAAGUAAAUCUUGACCAGACUGGUUUCUAUCGGGUGAAGUAUGAUGAAGACCUGUCAGCUAGACUUAGGGAUGCAAUAGAGAAGAAGCACUUGUCCACCUGUGAUAAAUAUGGAAUAUUGGACGACUACUAUUCAUUGUCUAUGGCAUGCCAACAAUCCUUGACCUCUCUGCUUGCUUUGAUGAGUGCCUACAGAGACGAGCUCGAUUACACAGUCCUAUCUAACUUGUUAUCGAUAGCUUCUAAAGUGGCAAGAAUCGUAGGCGAUGCUGCACCUGAGUUGGCUGAUAACAUCAAACUCUACUUCAUCAACCUUUUCCAGAAUUCUGCUGAGAGACUUGGUUGGGAUCCUAAGCAAGGAGAGAGCCACCUCGAUGCAAUGCUAAGGGGGGAGCUAUUAACAGUAUUGGCUUCGUUUGGACAUGACUUAACACUAAAUGAAGCAAACAGGCGCUUCCGCAUCUUUUUGGAUGACAGAAAUACCCCUGUUCUUCCCCCUGAUUUGAGAAGGGCUGUAUAUGUCGCUGUUGUGCGAAGUGCUACUAAAGCAGACAGAUCCAGCUACGAUUCUCUUCUGAGAAUUUACAGAGAAACUGACCUUAGCCAGGAGAAAACACGAAUUUUAGGUUCAUUGGGUUCGUGCCGGGAUCCUGAAAUUAUCCAGGAAUUUCUUAACUUCUUGUUAUCUCCCGAGGUCAGGAGCCAAGAUGCUGUUAUGGGACUGUCUGUCAGUGGUGACGCUCGUGAAACAGCAUGGAAUUGGUUGAAAGAGCAUUGGGACCAUAUCAAUAAAACUUACGGAGCUGGAUUCCUAGUAACUCGCUUCAUCAGUGCAGUUGUCUCACCGUUUUCAUCUUACGAAAAGGCAGAAGAAGUACAACAAUUCUUCGCCACUCGUAUGAAGCCUUACAUUGCAAGAACAUUGAAGCAGAGCAUCGAAAGGGUUCACAUUAAUGCAGCUUGGGUCAAAAGCAUUCAAAGUGAGAAACAUCUUGCUGAGGCUGUUCAGGAGUUGGCAUACAGAAAAUAUUAGAAGAUAUUUCCUUUAAGACGGUGCUUUAAUUUUCGUUGUGCAAAAACUUUAUAGAACAGAAAACAAUAAAUUUACGAAUGAACCGUUUUCAUAUUUCAUGACUUUUGAUGCAAGUUGGGGUCUGUUUUCGACUU